GGCCUAACCUGGCCUCUUGCCUGGUACCUCAGGGCCAUCAUAAAGGGACCAGCAAAUCAUGGUUCUCAUGGAAAUCUCUUGAUAUCAAAAUUCCUUCCUCUUUGCACACGUGUCUCCUGGAGCCCUGUGGAGAUGAAGAUUGACAUUCAUAGUCAUAUUCUCCCAAAAGAAUGGCCGGACCUGGAGAAGACAUUUGGCUACGGAGGCUGGGUGCAGCUACACCACCACAGCAAGGGCGAAGCAAAGAUGAUGAAAGAUGGGAAGGUCUUCAGAGUGGUCCAAGAGAACUGCUGGGACCCGGAAGUUCGUAUCAGAGAAAUGGAUCAGAAAGGAGUCACAGUGCAAGCUCUUUCAACGGUUCCUGUCAUGUUUAGCUACUGGGCCAAACCUAAGGACACUUUAGACCUGUGCCAAUUUUUAAACAACAACCUAGCUGCCACUGUGGCAAGCCACCCACAAAGAUUCGUGGGUUUGGGCACGUUGCCCAUGCAGGCCCCAGAGCUGGCCGUCCAGGAGAUGGAGCGGUGUGUGAAGGAGCUGGGAUUUCCCGGGGUCCAGAUCGGCUCCCACGUCAACUCGUGGGACCUGAAUGCGCAGGAACUCUUCCAGGUCUACGCAGCGGCUGAAAGGCUGAACUGUUCCCUGUUCAUUCAUCCCUGGGACAUGCAGAUGGAUGGACGAAUGGCCAAAUACUGGCUCCCUUGGCUUGUAGGAAUGCCCACCGAGACCACCGUGGCCAUUUGCUCCAUGAUCAUGGGCGGGGUGUUCACGAAGUUUCCUAAACUGAAAGUGUGUUUUGCACAUGGAGGCGGCGCUUUCCCCUUCACAGUGGGAAGGAUCUCCCAUGGAUUCACCAUGCGCCCAGACCUAUGUGCCCAGGACAACUCAAUGGACCCAAAGAAAUACCUUGGUUCCUUCUACACAGACUCUUUGGUUCAUGACUCUCGGUCCCUCAAGCUGCUAACAGAUGUCAUAGGAGAGGAUAAAGUCAUUUUGGGAACCGAUUAUCCAUUUCCACUAGGUGAGCUGGAACCUGGGAGACUGAUCGAGUCCAUGGAAGAAUUUAAUGAGGAAACAAAGGAAAAACUGAAAGCUGGUAAUGCCCUGGUAUUUUUGGGUCUUGAGAGAAGACAAUUUGAAUGACUGAACUAACAACAAAAUCAAACUUUCAAGAGAAUAUUUUACUUUUGUCUUUAAGUUUGUAACACACAUUACUAAAAUUCUCUCUUGAAUUAUUUUACCCUGAAAUAGAAGAUCCUCAAAUACUCAAAAUUACUCCUUACAAAGAUGACUCAGGGGCUGGAUCGAUGGCUUAGUGGUAAAGCGCUUGCCUGUGAAGCCUAAGGAUUCCGGUUCAAGGCUCAGUUCCCCAGGACCCACAUUAGCCAGAUGCACAAGGGGACACAAGCGUCUGAAGUUCGUUUUUAGUGG